UCUCAACUCCAUCAAAUGAACCCUUCUUGCUCGACUUGAGUUGUGUUUUCAGGUUCAACAAUGUUAAUUUGCUGCAUGUUAAUGCCCUAAAACACAACAUUCAGAACCCCAACAAUGUCUUCAAAGGGUUCUCAUACUCACAUUACAAACCAAAUCAUAACUGCAAUAAUCCAAAACCGAUCAUUCGACACACACCUUGCAAAAUCCCCCUUUAUUACCCACCAUUUUUCAAACCCACAACGCGCAACCCAACUCAUCACAGACACCCUCCGCUCCAUACCCAGAUACUUCUUCCAAUCCCCAAGAUCCAUGGGUCGUCAACCCGGAUCCAGACACCGAACACCUCUCAAACAACGAAACCUCCAUCAAGAAUCCAUUAACAUCCAUAAAGGCAUCACCUUUUUUGGUCCAGCUGCUUACAGAGACCCACAAAAGGUAAAAUUAGGGUUGGAUAAAGCCCUAGAGUUUUAUCACUGGGUUGAGUCCCAAUUAGGGUUUAAUCAUACUGAAAUUACUUGUAGAGAAAUGGGUAUUAUAUUAAUCAAAGGGAAUAGAUUGAAGGAAUUAUAUAACUUUUUGAAAGAUAUGUCUAGAAGAAGUAGUGGUGGGCUUGUUACAACAAUGACCAUGACCUGUUUGAUAAAAUGCCUAGGAGAACAAGGGCUUGUGAACGAAGCGUUGUCGGCGUUUUAUCGAAUGAAGCAGUUUCGUUGUCGACCGGAUGUUUGCGCGUAUAAUACGGUGAUUAACGCGUUGUGUAGAGUUGGGGAUUAUAAGAGGGCUAAGUUUUUGUUUGAGCAAAUGGAGUUGCCGGGGUUUAGGUGCCCGCCGGAUACGUUUACGUAUACGAUCUUGAUUAGUUCGUAUUGUAAGCAUAGUUUGCAGACGGGGUGUAAGAAGGCGGUUAGGAGGAGGAUGUGGGAGGCUAACCAUUUGUUUCGGCUGAUGUUGUUCAAGGGGUUUAAACCGGAUGUCGUGACGUAUAAUUGUUUGAUCGAUGGUUGUUGUAAAACUUAUAGGAUUGAUAGGGCUUUAGAGUUGUUUGAUGAUAUGGGCAAACGAGGUUGUGUUCCGAAUCGGGUAACGUAUAAUUCUUUCAUAAGGUAUUAUUGUGCUACUAAUGAGAUUGAUAAGGCUAUAGAAAUGUUGCAUAGGAUGCAAGAGUUGGAUCACGGGUUACCUACUACAAGUUCGUAUACUCCUAUUAUUCAUGCGUUUUGUGAAGCGGGAAAGGCGGUAGAGGCUUGGAAUAUGCUUGUUGAAUUGGUAGAUAGAGGGUCGAUACCUAGAGAAUAUACUUAUAAAAUAGUUCAUGAAGGGCUAAAAUCUGUAGGGAGAACGGAUUUGUUAGAUAGUGAGAUUUGUGGAAGAAUUGAAGACGGAAUCAAGAUUAGAUACAAGCAAGUAAUGAGAGUGAAACCGGUUAUGUGCAGCGCCCCGGUUUUCUGUGGGCGAUAACUGUGAUAUUGAAGCACAUGAAGUUGUCUGAUUGCUGUAUGUUGUUUGUUAAAGUGUUUCAACCUGAAACAGUUGUUGGCUUAUAUCACUUGAGCAUCCCUUUCCGCCAAAAGGAAAGAAUUCUCAUUAAAAUCAUCAUGGUUGCAUCUCUUUCGCUAGAAACAGUUUGGCGUAACGAGGGGCUGCUAUGGACAAUGAUUGGAUUGAAACAGGGAAUGGCGUUAUGGCAGGCCCAUCUGCGUAAACAUUCAAUCGUUUAGGUUAGUUUCAAACCUAUUCAUCAUAGCUAGAUGUGGCAAAAUGGGCGGGUCAAGUUGUUUGGGCAGUGCUUCAAAACGGGCUAAAUGUGUUGGUGUAGGCCCGACCUGAAACAACUUUGGUCCAACACUUUAUUUUUUUUUAUUCUUGUAUAUAAUAAGCUACUUAUUAUUUAUUAAAUAAAAUGAUUUGAGGAGCAGCCCAUUUGACAUGUUCCCUUGUAGAUUUU